AUGACCCUGAGUAUGAUAGGCUCUGGAAAAUUAGAAAAAUUUUUUACAAUCUCAACAACAAAUUCUGUGAACUUUACAAUCCAGCAGAACGUCUUGCUGUUGUUCAAAGGUAGAGUGAUUUUUGGUCAGCAUAUUCCAAAGAAACGCAAAAGAUUUGGUAUAAAAAUUUACAAGCUUUGCAAUUUUUUUGGGUAUACUUAUGAGAUGACAGUUUAUUUGGGCAAACAAAGGAAACUUGCAACAGAAGAAAUUACAUCGACACAUGGCAUUGUUCUCCAGCUAAUUCAAAGAGUAGAAGGCUUGGAACACAAAAUUUACAUGGACAAUUAUUUCAGUUCUCCUCCUUUAUUUGACGAUCUUUUAGACAGGAAAAUAAAUUCAUGUGGCACUGUUCGCAAUGAUAGGUGUGGAAUGCCACAAGAAAUUCGGCCCAAGUCAAUGGAAUUGAAAAAAGGGGAUAUUGUUACAAGAGUCAAGGGGCAUCUAAGUGUUGUUCGUUGGAAAGACAAGCGUGAUGUGUAUGUUCUGACGAAUUUGCACCCUCCUCCAUUGGAAGGCAACUUCCGAGAUGAAUCUGGCCAUGCUGUCAAACCCCAUGUAACUGAAGACUACUAUGCACACAUGGGCUUUGUUGAUAAAUCUGACAGGAUGGACAGAAAAGUGAAAGCACAGCCUUUCAAGAAAGGCUACAGGAAAAAUUCUUUAUUCCCUACUUCAGUGCCAAGUCCUUCCACUGAAACUGCAGGAGAUUUCAUUUUGUCAUACAAUGGCAAUAAACGUUUGGAAAAUGAUGAAAUUGAAAGGCAUCUGAAGUGCAAGAUAUGUGAUGUUGGACUGUGCAUUUUUGGAUGCUUCAAGAGGUAA